GGUUAUUUGCACGGGGAAGCAAGGAGCAGGAGGCAGUGGAGCUCUGGGACAAAAGUGUUGCUGCAAGCUGGGGCAGGAUGUGUGUGUGUGUUGUUUUUUUUUCGGGGUAGCUGGGGAUCCAUGCAGGAGGAGGGUGAAUCACGGACGCCUGUCGAGGAGCCCAGACCCCGGCAGCACCAGCUACAGAAGCCUAGGACCUGGACUUGGCAGCAGAAGACAAUUUUCCAGCCACCUCUUCCAAAAUGGUGACUGCCAAGGUGUGGGUGCUGAAGAAGCAUUUUGAGGGCUUCCCCAAGCCCAGCGACUUUGACCUGAAAAAGAUCGAGCUGCCAAGCCUACAGAAUGGAGAGUUGCUGCUUGAAUCAGUGUUUCUUAGUGUUGAUCCGUACAUGAGACCUUACAGUCAAAGGGACAUGAAGGAAGGAGACAUAAUGAUAGGCACACAGGUUGCCAGGAUUGUAGAAAGCAAGAAUCCAGCUUUUGCGGUUGGGGCCUUUGUUGUGGCUAAUAGUGGCUGGAGAAGUCAUUUCAUCUCUGACGGGAAGGGCCUCCAUCUCCUUCCUUCAAGCUGGCCAGAAUCACUCCCCAAAUCUCUGGCUCUUGGGACAGUUGGCAUGCCAGGCCUUACUGCAUAUUUUGGUCUGUUCGAGGUCUGCAAGAUGAAGCCAGGAGAGACAGUGCUGGUUAAUGCUGCAGCGGGCGCUGUGGGCUCUGUGGUGGGGCAGCUUGCUAAAAUUGGGGGUUGCAAAGUGGUUGGCUGCGCUGGCUCAGAUGACAAGGUUGCUUAUCUGAAAAAAUUAGGCUUUGAUGAAGCCUUUAAUUACAAGACCGUUACAUCUUUGGAUGAAGCACUGAGUAAAGCCUCUCCUGAUGGCUACGACUGUUUCUUUGACAAUGUGGGUGGAGAAUUUUCCAGCGUUGCCAUCAACCACAUGAAGAAGCAUGGGAGGAUUGCAGUCUGUGGAGCCAUCUCUCAGUACAAUGACUCCGUGCCCCAGAAAGGACCUUACGUUCAGAUUCCAAUGAUCUUCAAGGAGCUUCGUAUGGAAGGGUUUAUUGUCACUAGAUGGAAUAACCGCCGGGAGGAAGGUCAGAAGGCACUGCUGAAAUGGGUCCUGGAGGGAAAAGUGAAGUUCCACGAACAGGUCACUGAAGGAUUUGAGAACAUGCCAGCAGCUUUCAUUGGAAUGCUAAGGGGAGAAAAUCUUGGAAAAGCCAUUGUAAAAGUCUGAAGGUCGCAUAUUCCUGGGAAGGCAGGCAAAGGAGAAUGUGAUUCUGUUCAGAUAAGUGCUUUUAACUCGCUGUUCAAAAAGCAUAUUUCAUUAUUUUUGUUGGACGGUGGUGAAGAUAACCUCUUAGUAAUUGGUCAGAUAACUGUAAGAGUAUGCCAGUGGCUUUGCUCUUGAAGAACUUGAGACUUGCUUCCCAAAGCUACAGAAAAAAAGCCUUAAAACUGUUCAACCUUAUCAGAAUUUUAUGUUUUAGUAGUAGUUUGAGCAAAUCUAAGAUGAGUAAUAGGAAGAAAAAGGCCACUCUGAAAGGUUUCCCAGCUGAUAGCAUAUCUGAUGACUACUGUUUACCUAUUGAUUUGGUCCAGAACUCAGCAAGAGGGAAUAUAAUUUUGUAAACAAUAUUAGGGAGCAACAAUCAGGCUAACACUAUGCAGUUGUUCUCAGUUUCCUCACAAGGCUGGCAAUUAAAAAAAAAAAAAGUAGGAAAUAUAGGCAUCUUAGUUAUUCUGGGCCUACAGAAAGAAAGAAAUAAUAAACCUAUUAAUGGAUACUUCACUUGUGUUACAGUUCUUUUUCCAGGUGAAGAAUAAACACAGAUAUGGAAUUCC